AUGGCUGGAAACUCGACGUCUCUCAAGAGUGUCCUUAUCUCAGGAGGGACGGGCUUCCUUGGUGCAGCCACGGCAAGAGCAGUUGCAGAGAAAUAUCCACAAUGUGACAUUACUAUUAUCGACCUACAUCCUCCGGGGCCAUCGCACGUCGUACCAGAUGGCGCUUCCUUUGUUCAGGUGGACAUCACUAAUGCUGACGAAGUCAAUAAAGCGCUUCAGCAAGCGAGGCCCGACGUUGUAAUCCAUACGGCCGGAAUUGUUCCGGCCCUUGCCGAGCGAUUUGGGAGAAGGAUCGAGGAGCACGUCUGGAGAGUUAACGUUGAUUCUAUAUUCUUCCGAUAA